AUGUGCGAGACAACCAAGGACAGGUCCAAGGACUUUAAGUUCAAGACACUCCUUGCUCAAGGGUCUUUGCCUGCAUGGCUGGUGACUGCUUGGAACAAAGCGUGCAAGAUGAAGACAGGACGAGUGGCUGAGCAAAGGCGCCUGGUCAAUUUGUGCUUGGACAGGACUCCAGGAGGCACUUUGCUUUUGAACUUGGACAAGCCACAGCUUCAGCAGACCAAGGAGACCUUUGAAACUACCAGCGCCACAAGCAAGGAGAAGGCACUCCCUCGCCUUCUUUUUUGCGGUAAGUUCAACUUGAGUGAGGAUCAGUUCUUGGAGGGCUUGAAUGAGGGACAAUUUUUCCUGGUGAAGGAUGCCCAGGGUCGGGAACUAUACUCAUGGCAUCAGUCUGAGCAUGCCAAUACCUGGGGUACUUCCUCUAAGAACACCAUGGAGAGUUCCAAGCAAUUGACCAAGAAUGAAGCAGCUGUGGAAAAUGCUGCUCUCUCCAGCUGGAAGCAUGGACUUCACAGUAGAGUCAACCCCAAAGCUUUGACAGCCGAUGCAACUCCUUCCAGGUUGCCAGCGAUUGCAAAUGUCAAGAACAGUUUGACAAAUGCACAAUGGAAUGCAGCACAGACCCAGCUGUAUGAGGCCAUCGCAGCAUUCGACAAGAUGCUGAAGCAGGCAAAGCAGCAACUUCAGGUCUUGGGAUGGGAUAAGGAGGACCACAUCUACCAGAAUUUGAAGACCAUGUGCAAAGAGAUCCAAGAUGAGAAGAACAAACUGGAUCACUGCCUUCAGUGGCAAGAGCUCCAAGAUGGAAGUGAGCUCACCUUGGCAAGCUAUGACGACAUGAUGGGACAUGCUGGCGUUGCUGCAUCAAGGUUGCAGGAGAGCUUGGCUGGAGUGAAAGGUCAGCUGACUGCCAGAGCCAGAGCUACCAAGGCUUCAUGA